AAAUCGAUAUUAAUAUAUUACCACAUUCUGUGCUUAUUAAAGACGUGUAGCCGACCGCUUCUGUCAUUUCCAAUAGUUUCUGCCGACUUUCCCCCCUCGGUGGUUGAGCCUGGAGAGAUUAUGACGUUUUUGUGGGCGUAUCCGCUGUAGUCGUUUAGGUCAACAAAACCAAAGAGAAAGAAAAGAAUACAGAAAACUCCACAUCGCCUCUCACGGGAGACGGUCUCCAAGGACCGGUUUAUUGCAAGAUUGUGGCGUUUUACAUUCCAGAGGCUUAUUCAUCCUUUUCACAGAAGUCUACCCAAAGCAAAAUUCGUCCUGUACUAUGUUUGCUGGCAAACCUGUCAGUGCAUCAAGAAAACAGACUUUUAUUCACGUCAUUUGUAUGGAUUACUGGGUGACUGAUUAAUAAGCCCACAACAGUGAUCUUGCUCUGCAUGUCUUGUUUGGACCUUUAUUUAUUUAUUGUUUGGAUAAUAUUCACAUGCCACCAGCUGAGGUUAUGUGCUCCUUGUUACCCUUUUAUUAAUAUUCUUGAAAAGACCUGGCAAUGAAGAUGUGCGUGACAUUGUGUAAGUUCUUCAGAAAGGCUAAAUACUUGCUGCUUGUACUGCUGGGAUUGUCUGUUUUGGCAUGGAUUGCUAUUUCUGGCAGUGAAACGGUGCAGGAUGCACUAUGGCCAUCUGAGACCCAGUCAAAUGUCCAGCAUAUUGUCCUCAAAGAAAAGACCUCCAAGGCAGCUACAUCUCAUGGUAGCUCCCAUCCUGUCACUUUCUCUUCACCUCGACGGCACUGUCCAUUGCCAUCCAGAUUACUUCAGGGUGCCCUGAAGCUCUCCUUCGACUCCUCCUUAACACUCAAGGAGGUGGAGGGGGAGAAUAGCAAAGUGGUGGAAGGUCAGUACCAACCCGCGGAGUGCAUAGCCCAGCAGAGCGUGGCCAUUCUCAUUCCCCAUCGCAACCGGGAGAAACAUCUUCUCUAUCUCCUACAUCACUUGCAUCCUUUCCUGCAGAGACAGCAAUUACAUUAUGGUAUCUACGUAAUUCACCAGACUGGAAAUGCAACAUUCAACCGAGCCAAGCUGCUGAACGUGGGGUUCCUGGAGGCUCUGAAGGACUACAACUGGAACUGCUUCAUUUUUCACGACGUGGACCUGGUUCCGGAGAAUGACUACAAUCUCUAUAUGUGUGAACAAGAUCCAAAACACCUUGUGGUGGGAAGGAAUGUCACAGGAUAUCAGUUGCGAUACAAAGGCUACUUCGGGGGAGUAACAGCCAUGACAAAGGAGCAGUUUUCAAAAGUGAAUGGCUUUUCCAACACUUACUGGGGAUGGGGUGGAGAAGAUGAUGAUCUUCGUGUCCGGGUCGAGCUUCAAAAAAUGAAAAUUUUGCGACCUCCCCCUGACGUGGCCCGUUACACCAUGGUCUUCCAUAACAGAGACAGUGGCAAUGAAAUCAACAAAGACAGGAUGCGCUUGCUGCGACAGGCACCAAAAGUAUGGAAGACGGAUGGGCUGAAUUCCUGCUCCUACAAAAUGCUCUCUUUGGAAAAGCCAAAACUAUACAUAAAUGUCACUGCAGACAUUGGCAAACCGUAGUUCCAGCCCUGAAGUGACCAUCAUGUCAAAAGUAUUUCUCAAUGGAAAUGGAGAACUCAAGCUUUUAAAGUGCUUAUCUGGGGAAGGGGUAGAUUUGUUAAAUUCACACUUUAAAGUGUUACUACAUCCAAAAAUCCAUCUGAGCUGAUAAACAUUUUCAUUGGUCAAGGAAGCCAGUUUAGUUUUUCUUUCAGAAAAACGUACACCUAAACUACACCUGUAUUUCAUGAAUGAAUGUAUUUUUGGCAAUAAUUGUACUUAAACUAUCAAGUGUAAAUACUUAAAUGCCAUGUAGGAAAAUGACUUUUUACUUUUGUGUUUGAUCAUUUGCCUUGACAGUUCUGCCUGUGGUGCAUUGCCAAUAUCACUGACAUAGAGAUUAAAUUUUUUUUAUUCCUUUUUAUUUUAACAAGUUUUAAUUUUUAAUUUGUGCAAAUGCCUUGUUGCAGCAUCAUUACUGAUGUGACAUUUAUUAAUAAAGAAUAUGACUACUGCA